AUGUCUGACGCCGAUGCUAUUCAGGACCUACUGAAAAGGCCGAAGGUACAUCGCGUCGGACAGCCAUCUGUGACUGGGCUAUCUGUUGCCGAUGACGGUAGUGCAGCUUUCAGUGCUAGCACCGACUCCCGUCUUCUUCUCUUGCAGCGCUUUGUUCGCGAGACCUUGGACAAUUGCGACCUCACUGGUGCUGACUCGGAGGUUUUGGAAGCACUGUCGUGUCUAGAUGAAAAACUGCGUCAGACAAAUAAUCCAUCACUCAAUAAAACUUCCACUGGGACUCGACAGGCUCCAUGGCGCCAACAUUCUGAUGACGAUCUAACCAGAGUCGAUGGACAGUCUACACCUGUGCUACCCCCAAUCAUGGAUGACAAGCUGAGAACCGCUGUGUUUACCCAUCCAGCGCUUAGCAAUAAUAACGACACGACUUAUGACCGGCUUGAAAUUCUUGGUGAUGCCUACAUUGAGCUGAUUGCAACGAAAAUUGUUUGGGAGAGGUUUCCGGGCUUACCAUCUGGUCGAAUUUCACAGAUUCGGGAGAUACUUGUCAAGAAUGAGACCCUUUCGGGGUUUGCGGAAACUUUUGAUUUCGAUCGCAAGGUUGCUGUGCCUUCAAAUUACAACAACUCAUCAAAGAGAUGGACAAAAACCAAAGGCGAUGUAUUCGAGGCUUACGUUGCUGCAGUCAUACUAUCGGAUCCGGUAAACGGAUAUCAAGUAGCUGAAAAUUGGCUGACCGCUUUAUGGAUCCCAAUCCUCAAAAACCUGGGGCGCCAGAAAUGCGGCUUGCGCUCCAAGGAGGCUCUUGCUAAGAAGAUCAUGGGCAAAAACAUUAAACUUGAAUACCUUGAGGAACGUCCAUCCGUCCAGCUAAAAGGUGGCACCCAAACCUUCUUCAUCGGCUUAUACCUCACUGGGUGGGGGUGGGAGAAACGACAUCUAAGCUCUGGCCAAGGCUUGAGUAAAGCUGCUGCGGGUGAUGAGGCUGCGGAGAAUGCUCUACUUAACAUUUCUUUGAUCUCUGAAAUACUAUCCGUGAAGGAAUCUCAAGAAUCGACAAUGUGA